CUUCCACCACUAGAGAAAAACAAAAGUGUUUCUCCGUGACUGACACCUGGGGUCUUCUGGCCACCUGAGGUUUGGGGCUAUUUGGCCACCUUCGGUCUCGGUCCCCCGGGCCGCUAAAAGGAUCAGAGGGACCUUGUCCUGCUCAAGAAUCUCCACGCCGGUGGGUUUGUUGGACUCGGGUCAGAGCUGGGUGGACCCGCCCCCCUCCUGCGUCGCCAUGGCCGUGUCCGCCCAGCAGCUGGCGGAGGAGUUGGAGAUCUUCGGCCUAGACUGCGAGGAGUCGGUGACUGAGAAAUUGGCGGAGCUGUGCAUUCUAUAUGGCCAGAACGAGGAGGGAAUGGUCGGCGAGCUUGUAGCCUUCUGUACCAGCACACAGAAAGGUCACGUUACCCUGGAGAUCCUGAACUCCUUUGAGCGUGAGUUUCUGAGCAAAAGAUUGUCCAAAGUCCGCCACAGCGCUCGCAAGGACAGCGGGCACGCAGGGGCCAGGGACAUUGUUUCCAUUCAGGAGCUAAUUGAAGCAGAGGACGAAGAGGAGACCCUCCUGAACUCAUACACCACACCCUCUAAGGCUCCUCAGAAGCGAGCUGCCUCCACCCCGGAAACGCCCCUCACAAAGAGGAGGGUGUCCACUCGCAGUCCCCAUCAGCUUCUCUCGCCAUCCAGUUUCUCUCCAAGUGCUACUCCCUCUCAGAAAUACAACUCAAGAAAUAACCGAGGAGAAGUGGUUACUGCCUUUGGCUCAGCGCAGGGAGUGUCUUGGUCCGGGAGAGGAGGAGCCGGUAUGGUCAGCCUGAAGGUCCUGGGGAGUCCAGAGUCACUGACUGGGAGCUACAAAUUCAUGUUUCAGAAGCUGCCAGACGUCCGAGAAGUUUUGACCUGUAAGAUAGAAGAACUUGGCAGUGAACUCAAGGAACAUUACAAGAUUGAGGCUUUUACUCCUGUUCUAAUUCCAGCACAAGAGCCCAUCACCCUGCUGGGCCAGAUCGGCUGUGACAGCAACGGAAAGCUGAACAGCAAGUCGGUGAUUCUGGAGGGAGACCGGGAACACUCCUCUGGUGCGCGCAUCCCGGUGGAUCUGUCUGAGCUUACGGAGUACUCUCUGUUUCCCGGACAGGUUGUAAUUAUGGAAGGAAUCAACACCACUGGUAGAAAAUUUGUCGCCACUAAACUCUACGAGGGUGUGCCACUUCCGUUUCAUCAGCCCGCCGAAGAGGACGGAGAAUUCGAGCAAACCAUGGUUCUGGUGGCCUGUGGGCCGUAUACCACGUCUGACAGCAUCACGUAUGACCCGCUACUCGACCUGGUCGCCGUCAUCAACCGUGACCGGCCUGACGUCUGUGUCCUGUUUGGCCCUUUCCUGGAUGCUAAGCAUGAACAGGUUGAGAACUGUCUGCUGACCAGUCCAUUUGAAGAUGUUUUCAAGCAGUGUCUACGAACGAUUAUUGAAGGGACACGAAGCUCCGGCUCGCACCUCGUCUUUGUCCCAUCGCUGAGGGACGUGCACCAUGAGCCCGUGUACCCACAGCCGCCCUUCAGCUACUCCGACCUGCCUCACGAGGACAAAAAGCGAGUGCGGUUCGUGUCCGAUCCCUGCAGCCUCUCCAUAAACGGCGUGGUCUUUGGCUUGACGUCCACGGAUCUGCUGUUCCACAUGGGAGCUGAGGAGAUCAGCAGUUCUUCUGGAACGUCAGACAGAUUCAGCCGCAUCCUCAGACACAUCCUGACGCAGAGGAGCUACUACCCGCUGUACCCUCCCCAGGAAGACAUGGCCAUUGACUAUGAGAAUUUCUAUGCCUAUGCACAGCUGCCUGUCACCCCAGACGUCUUCGUGAUCCCAUCAGAGCUGAGAUACUUUGUGAAGGACAUCCUCGGCUGUAUCUGUGUGAACCCUGGGCGCCUCACCAAAGGGCAGGUGGGGGGCACCUAUGGUCGUCUCCACCUCAGGAGGCAGACCAUCGACGGGGAGCGGAGGCGGAGUCCUUGUGUCGCCGCCCAGGUGGUCAGGAUCUGAGGUCUCCGGUACUUUGUCGCUCCCACUGUGCGCGCCCUCGUAGCCACCAAGAGCUCAGGCGCAGCCUGCAGACAAGAUCCCAACCUUGGAAGGUGAAGGAGAGGAGGUGGCCAGCUGGGAAGGAGAGGUGCAGCGGGGGAGGAGUGUGCAGCUGGCCCCCGGCUCUGGGUGAGCGUCUCUGGGAGAACAUUUGUUUCCGACACGCAGAGUCCAGAGUGAACUGGCUGUGGAUGCAGCAUGCUCAGAAAAAGCAAGAAGGCUUUGUGGCUUUCUUCAUGAAUCAGAUACAGAAACAACUUUUGGAGAAAUAAAAGUAAAUUCUGAGUGUAA